AUGACUUUACCAUCAGAGGCAAGAUAUGAUUUUGUUCCAACAGCAUCAAUUAUUGCAUUAGUUUUUAUUUGUGUUUUUAUUCUUAUUAGUCUAAUUGGACGAUGUCUUGCUUUAAAUCAAUCAACAAUUCGUAGUGCACAAAGUUUAGAUUUAGUGAUUUAUAGAGCACCACCAAAAGCAAAUCCUCCACAACAAAAGCCUCGUUCAUCAGCAGAUAUGCAAUAUGGACGAGAUAAUAAUCGAGAACAACGAAAAUCAUUUGAUGAUCCAGUAACGCCAGUUCCAGUUCAACGAGGACCAAAAAAUCUUUGA